ACCAUUAUACACAUUUCAAGGACUCCACUUAGAAUUACAAAUAAGGAUACUUAACAAUCUUUUAGAAAUAGCCAAAAGAGAAGACGUUGUAACAUUUGCAACUAUCCAAAGAAUUCAAAAAGAAGUGAACAGAAUUAAAGAUUUUAUAAGAUUUCAUAAGUUAAAGAUUACAAUUGAUGAAAUUCUUGAAGAUUUAAGAAACAAUCAAGUAUUAAAAGAGAAUCCAAAUCCAUUUUGUAUCCAUUGCUAUCUGAUAACAGAACAACCUUCGGAAGAAUUUGGAAGAUUUUGUAUUACUGAAAAGACUGUAAAGGCUUUUGGUAAAGCAAAAGAAAACAAAGAUAAUUCUGUAGUAUUAAAUCAGUGUUUUAAACUAAUUAUAACUUUCAUAAGAUAUUACAAACUUGCACAAGAAUCUUUUGAAGACUUGCUAAAUAUAUUAGAAAACAAGUGGACAUUAAGGAAAAGUUCAAGAAAAAGUUCAAAAGUAUCAAAAAUAACUAGAAAUAAUGAUGAUAUAUUGGUCAAUACAUUCUCUCAUGAUCAGAAUUCACCACCAAAAAAUAGUAGUUAUGAUCCUUUCUGUAAUCCCUCAGAAAGCGAUUUGAAAUGGGCUGAACUUAUGUAUAAAAUUCAUGAUGACACAGAAUUCAUAACUAAUUAUGAGAAUACAAUGAGUUCAGAGGAAAGAAUAAAAAUAUAG